AUGUUGAAGUGGGUUCAAGGAAGCGUCUCUGCUCUCACUGGCGUCAUGGAGCCUAUCUACGGAAAAGACGCAUUCCACUCUAUCGCCGAAACUGUUUUCCACAAAAACCCUUACUCACCUCUCACUCGCAAGGAUCUCGAAUGGAUUGCACCUUGGUCCUCUAACGUUGAGACACAAACUUUUUACUUUACUGCACCCUCGGGCCACUACGGAUUUGUCCAAGUCAUCCAUUCAAACCCUAUUGGUCUUCACUUUACUGCCCAAUUUACCUGCCGUGUAGUCCACGAUGACAAGCCUGAAGAAUCAGUCUGGACUUCUACCAACCUAGAAGAUAUUGAAGCUCGCGGAACAGAGUUUAACGCACACAACAUGUACAUCACUCUUAACGAAGAUGCCACAGAGUAUACCAUUUCAUCUUCGGUCAAUGAAGACUCGAUUGUUGAACUUACAGCCACCCGUACUGCUCCUGGAUUCAAGAUUGGCAAGACGGGUACCUCACUCUACGGUGAUGAUAUAGAAAACCCUUGGGGUUCCAUGCGCCACGUGUUUUGGCCUCGUGCUGAAAUCUCAGGUACCAUCAAGGUUAAAGGUAAAGAUAUUGUCUUGGAAAGGGCCCAUUCUCUCUAUGUCAUGGCCAUGCAAGGCAUGAAGCCUCAUCAUGCUGCUUCGCGUUGGAACUUUGUAAACUUCCAAGGCCCCACUUCAUCUCUCGUGGUUAUGGAGUUCACCACUCCACCCUCGUAUGGAUCAUGCACCGUCGGUGUCGCUGCUGUCACGCGCGACGAUAAGCUGAUAUACACUUCUACUGAUGUUAAGGUCGACCACAUUGAUGCUGUGGAGGACGAGGUGGGCUGGCCGGCCCCUAAAAAGAUUGCCUUUACCACCAAGGGUCCUGGUGUGGAUGAGACUGACGAGGCUGUUGCUGCUGCAGAAGAAGCACCUGAGGCCGAUAAGUCUGUUUUGUACAAGAGCAAGCUUACAGGUGAUUUAGAGGGCCACCUUGUUGAACGGGUUGAUGUGAUGGCUGAAUUGCCAAUGUUUGUGAAGAGGGUGGCGUCUGGACUUUCUGGCACCAAGCCUUACAUUUACCAGUUUAGUGAUCGUGGUAUGAAGUUUUUGCUGACGAAUCCUGAUGGUUCGACUUUUGAAGAAGUUGGCCAUGGAUUCUGUGAGACAACGUUUAUCUCGUGA